AUGGGUGAGGGAAGCAGAAACAGAGAUGAUACACCUCACUCCCGGACUCUGUGCGCGGGAAACGAGGGGACCCUUGACCCCGGCAGACAGAAAGAGGAAAAAGAGAAGAGGAUUGCCAAACGCUUUCGGACUGGAGAAGCGCAAGAAGGAGCCGGCUCAAUGGUCAGCCAUGCAGACUGCAGACUGCAGGCCGAGAGUGGAAAUGGAAGGUCCCGUUUGGCGGGAAUGAACGCAAGAGAAAAGGAUUGGAAGAAGAGAAGGGAGGGAGUGGAGUGGAGUGGAGUGGCAAAUCAUGGGACGAUCCAAUCCAUCUCGAGCAGCUGCAGAAGAAGGGUGAAAAAGGGAAAGGCUGCAAACGCAGACCUUAUCUCUGAAGGCUUUUCCAUCAUCGAGUCCCAAGUCCCAACGUUGAUCUUCACUCACUCACUCACUCUUGGCAUCCUGUCUGCGUUUGCGCUCAAUUCCUCCUCACCGCGAAAUCUCAAUUUUCCCGCAGCCGAACGAACUGCGGUGGUGAUCUUCCAUGCAACGUCCAAGAAAAUCUCUGCAUCCCUGAGCCUUUUGAAACAGCCCGCGACCCCCAUCACCCACCAAUCGGCUCCCCCAUCGUGCACAUCCCAUGGUCCUGUCCGUCUGAUAAGUAGCCGAUCCCCCUGUCUCUCCGUCCGCUGGAUCAAUCGUGGUCCCGUCCUCUCCAGAUUUUGGUACAACGAGUAUACUCGACGCAUCAUUCCCGUCAUUCCCACCACCACGGACACGCACGAACCCGCCCUGUACGACACGAAAAAAAAAAUCCAACCAUCCCAUCCGGCCCCUCGGUUCCUCCUCGUCGUACGCGGCUACGUGCUUGUCAGCCAUCUUCACAUUGUGUACGACGUUGUACGACGUCCCAAGUAUAGAAAUUACGUGCGUGUGUUGGUUGUGUUUUCGAGUAUCUCGACUGCUCCAACAUCUUUCGGGUGAUGGGGAGAUCACUUGUAAAUUUAU